CAAAGUGCAAGCUGGCACGAUAAGAGAGGAAAAAAAAAAAGAAAAAGAAAAUCAAACGAGAGAGGAGGAGGAGUAGGAGGAUACAUUAUUCUCGAGCUCAGUUGGAGUGGCGGCACGCACCUCUCGCAGCAUCCCAGCUCGCGCGUGUGCAUAGGUGUACUUGUAUAAAAUAUACAACACAAUAUACUUGCCACACUGUACGAAGAGGAGGAGGAGGAGGAGGAGGAGGCGCAGGACGCCUGCCCGUGACCCGCUGCCUGGCUAGCUAGCCGCCACGCGCACAUCGGGAGAGACACGCUCACACACGGACGUAACCGUGGCAUGUCUACCACCGCUGCCAACGCCGGCGAGGAGAAGCAUCGGCAUAUGCAGGGCGGCUGAGCUCAUUCCAAGUCCGUCGGUGCUGCCGGCCCGGCGAGAGCCCGUGCAUGUUAGCGACACUCGCUCCGGACGGGGUGUCGAUAUUAUGUGCAGCGGCUGGCUUACCGGGCCUUAUUCCACUCCCGUUGGUGCGAACGCCUCGGGCCAAGUCGAGCCCUCGUCCGGUAGAUAAUUGUUGUUGUUACCGUGCGCGGCUGAUCCGCGGAUGCAGGAGAGCCAGAGGCAGCGCUCACCAUCGCAGCCGGCUCGAGCUGGCGGCGCGGGCAGCCUCGCCAGGCCAACCAUGAGGGUCGAGCCCGUCAAGAUGUGCACUCCCGUCGAGGAGAGGCUCGAGCAAAACCUCAAGAUACGAACAGGAAUAGUAGGAAUCAGCGAUGGCAAAAUCAAGCCAAUACCUACAAGACUCCAUCUCACGAUGGAGGUCCUGAAACUUCAGCGUGAAGAAGUAGAGCAAACGAACCACAAGAUACCCACGGAUACGAAGGAACGAAUGGUACAAAUAACGCGUCAGAAGGUGGGUGGGCUAGGCUUGAGUAUAAAAGGUGGAGCGGAACACAAAUUGCCUGUCCUCAUAUCGAGAAUCUACAAAGGCCAGGCAGCUGAUCAGAGUGGACAGCUCUUCGUCGGCGAUGCCAUUAUCAAAGUAAAUGGAGAAUACAUAACCGCGUGCAAUCACGACGACGCUGUUAAUAUUCUGCGAAAUGCUGGUGACAUCGUAGUUUUGACUGUUAAGCACUACAGAGCGGCGAAGCCAUUUUUACAAAAGACAGAAAAAGAAGAAAAACUGGACAACGCCAGCAACGGGGCCGCAGAGGACGGCUGGGUGUCCCCGAGCAAGCUGCUCGCGAGCAGCCCAAAGUUGGGGGGUGGUCACAGUAGGCAGGGCUCGAACGCCUCGACGAGCUCCGCCAAACAAAAAAAAUGGGUCGACGUCGUCACAGUGCCCUUGAUGAUGGCGUACGUCACGAGGUACAUAUUCGGCACUGAUAAACUCCGACGCAACGCCUUCGAGGUGCGAGGCCUCAACGGCGCGCGGACGGGCGUCAUUCACUGCGACGACAAUGCUAUUCUCAGCCAGUGGCUUAAAUAUAUUUCCGACAACAUCACCAGCUUGACUUACCUCCAGAUGAAGUUGUACAAUCGAAAUUUCGGGGUCGGCGAGCGAAUCGAGUACAUGGGCUGGGUGAACGAGGCGGUCAGCAACAACAACCAGAUGUGGCAGAGCUACAGGCCAAGGUUCUUGGCUCUCAAGGGUCCGGAUCUGCUGCUCUUCGAGACACCACCGUGCAACAUCGGCGACUGGUCACGUUGCGCCCUGACCUUCAAGGUCUACCAGACCUUGUUUCGGGUGAUGCGCGACUCGGAGAACGUGGACGAGCGCCAGCACUGUUUCCUGGUCCAGAGCCCGGGCAAGCCGCCCCGGUACCUGAGUGUCGAGACGCGCCAGGAGCUGCUGCGCAUCGAGGCCGCCUGGCACACAGCCGUAUGCUCGGCCGUCACGCAUCUCAAGAGCAAGACUUUCUCCGUAUCACUAAAUGGAAAAGCAGCCGGUCUGACGUUAGAUUGGUCUCAAGGAUUCACUUUGACAUUCGAAGGAACGGCGGAUCCUGUGUGGAGGUACAAAUUCCAUCAGCUCCGAGGAUCCAGCGACGAUGGAAAAAGCAAGCUCAAACUGCAUUUCCAAGAGCACGAUAGCAUUGCUAUUGAAACUAAGACUUGUAAUCAGCAACCGGAAUCAGAUGCUGAUGCUAGUCCUUCAAAUACUUUAUUGGUAAAGUAA